UCCAUUAACCAAACCUUAUUAGCAUUCAUUAAUUACUACGACAAAAUGUCUAACCUAACAAUCUUGUUUCUCCUUCUGAUUUUUUCAGAAGCAGAAGCUCAGAGAAGACCCUCCAAUAUCACCUUAGGCUCUUCCCUCACUCCCUCCUCCAACUCCUCUUGGCCUUCCCCUUCCGGCCUCUACGCCUUCGGAUUCUUCCCCCAACGCGUCAACAGCUACGCUCUCGGCAUCUUUCUUCGCGACAAAACCGUUGUCUGGACAGCAAAUAGAGACAGCGAUCCAACCGUCCCCGACGAUGUCGUCUCCCUUCUACUAUCCCCCGAGGGCCGGCUAGUCCUCCGCCGAAGACAAGGCCAAGACAUAAACCUCAUCAGCCUAUCCGCAACCAUCGCAUCAGCUUCUAUGCUUGACAAUGGCAACUUUGUUCUCUACGAUUCCAAUUCCAAUAUCAUCUGGCAGAGCUUCGACCACCCAACAGACACCCUCCUCCCCGGCCAGCGCCUCCCACCAGGGAAAGAGAUCUUCUCCAGUGUCUCCGAGACCGACUACGGGAGAGGGAUUUUCAGGCUGAAGAUGCAGAACGAUGGAAACCUCGUGCAAUAUCCUAUCAACACGCCUGACUCAUCGCCUAACUCUUACUAUUCAUCAUACACAGACAGGGCAGGUAGUAACAUCUCUCUCAACCUCGACAGCGACGGCCGACUUUAUCUGCUCAACGGUAGCUUGCCUCUGAAGAAUAUAUGCGAUGGUGGAUUCCCUACGCAGGGAUACAUCAAUCUCAUGAGGCUCGACGUCGGAGGAAUCCUCCGCAUCUACUCUCUCUCUCUCGGUAAUCUCACCAUGGCCAGGAGUUGGUCAUCUACGGACGACGUCUGUGUUCCCAAAGGUAUCUGCGGAGUCAACGCCUUCUGUAUUCUUCAGGAUAGUGCGGCGGAAUGUCAGUGCCUUCCCGGUUUUGUUUCCGUUCAGUCCGGUAACAAAACAGCCCCAUGUUCUAGAACCUUCUCGGCCCAUGUUUGUCCCAAAAUUAACGAUACAUUGAAGACUGAAAUGAUUAGAGUCGAAAAUACCGAUUGGGACGAAACCUCGUAUGAGAUUCAGUCAAUAAGUGAAGAAGAGUGCAGGAUAUCGUGUAUCGAUGACUGCAACUGCGAAGUAGCAAUUUAUGUAGGGGACGAAUGCAGAAAACAGAUGCUUCCGUUAAGGUACGGCAGACGGAAUUUUAGAAACUCAAAUGUGGCUUUCGUUCGCAGCUCUACAGACACGGUUCCCGACUUGGGAGGCGAUUCCGACCAUAAAAUAAUCAUAAAAAGAGAGCGGCGUACAGACACCAUCAUCAUCGGCAUUGUGCUCAUGUCCGUAGGCGUGUUGGCCUUGUCCAUUUCUGUGAUCUUUGUUCACCAGAAACGGAAGGUCUACAUGAAGAUCAGUAAGGAAGAUGGAGCUAACUUCGUAGAGGGCAUUUCACUGCAAGUGUUCACAUUCGAGCAUCUAUCCGAAGCAACAAACGGCUUCAAGGAAGAGGUGGGGAGAGGAGCAUCUGGCACGGUGUUCAAAGGGGUUCUGCAGAAUGGCCAGAAAACGGUGGCGGUGAAGAGGUUGGAGAAGGAAUUUGCACAAGGAGAGAUAGAGUUCCAGACAGAGCUGAAGACAAUUGGGAAAAUGUAUCACCGGAACCUAGUUCAGCUCCUAGGCUAUUGCUUCGAUGGCAACAACAAAUUGCUAGUGUUUGAGUACAUGAGCAAUGGAUCCCUCGCAGACAUACUUUUCAAUCAAGAGAAACGGCUGAGCUGGGAGGAACGGAUGGAGAUUGCUCGUGAUAUAUCGAGCGGGAUACUGUAUCUGCACCAAGAAUGUGAGACACAGAUCAUUCACUGCGAUAUAAAGCCUCAGAACAUACUAAUGGACGAUAAUUGGCGCGCCAAGAUAUCAGAUUUUGGGGUGGCGAAGCUCCUCAAGCAAGAUCAAACUAAUACAUAUACAGGGAUAAGAGGCACUAAGGGAUAUGUCGCGCCUGAGUGGUACCAGAAGCAGGCGAUCACAGUGAAAGCAGAUGUGUAUAGCUUCGGAGUGAUGCUAUUGGAGAUCAUAUGUUGUAGGAAAUGUGUUGAUUAUAGCAGGAGUGAGAAUGAGGCGAUUCUUGAGGAAUGGGUUUACGAUUGUUAUUCAUCGAGGAAGAUUGGGAGUUUGGUCGGGGAUGAGAUGGUGGAGGAGAGGAAAGUGGAGAGGAUGGUGAAGAUAGGGAUAUGGUGUGUUCAAUAUGAUCCGACGCUGCGUCCAACAAUGAAAAAAGUUCUGCUAAUGUUGGAGGGCACUGUCGAGAUUCCCAUACCUCCAAGACCUACUUCUUUCUUCAGUUCCAUCUAGUUUUAAUUGACUGUGAUCUUAAAUUUUUUUUUUAAAUGUUUGUAACUUGCUUGUCUUAAUGCAUGUCUUAUUAUUUCUCUAAAAUCAAAUAUCAUUAACUUUAAAAUAUAAAUUCUAGUCAUGCAUAUAUAUGUAUAUAUAAGAACGAUUAUGUGUUCCAUUAGUUAUGUGUUAUAAAUAAA